UUCCGCUGCUAAAAAUGCCCAUAGCGCGAGGUACUUUGCGCUAAGUCACUCCAUACCACUGACGUAGGACUGCAAUGGCGGGGAUCUUUCCCAGUGAGUCACCAACGGUCACCGUAAAUGAGUACAUGCUCGUCAGGUACCAGACAUCAACCGUCCAUCAGUCAUCCUCUGCUGUGGCGAGUGCCUCUUCAGUCUGAUAGAGAUAUUCCUCAUCCCCAAAACCCGAUCCGACAAUCCGAGUCUCACAUCCCUGCCAAUUCUUUUUACAAAGCCGUGGCAAAAAAGCUGGUGUUGCCAUUUGUAAGUCAAAAGAGUCAAAUUUACAGCACAUCACUGAGUCAGCUUGUUCUUGUUGACUCAGAGCUUAAAGCCGUAAGAUGCCGUUUCAACCACGGCAAUGAGAGCUCAUCCGUGUGAUCAAGUGAGACAGAGGAUAUGCAUCCAAGCCCAAACGCCAUGCAUACAGAUUCGAAAUCAACACUGUCAUCAAUCUCUCAUCUCCAAGCUUUGCUAGUGCUUUUCUUGCAACUGAAAUGCAAUCGUGACC